AUGGAUAGGGACUGGCUACUGUCGUUACCGGGGGACCGGCUCGGGUGGGCGCCGCCUAAGGUAUUAACAUGUGAUGAGGAGUACGAGGGGCUGCACAAGUUUGACCCAUUGGACAUUUUGGGGAAUCUGGGCUCUAUCGUUAUCAAAGACUGCAUGUGGAGUGGCUUUUCCACGAGUCACCGGCUGGAAAAAGUGGCUCAUGGCGAGCGAGCUCCGGUGACUGCUCCGAUUCAGACCUCGAGCGCACAGAAAGCUGCUCGUGCCGCAUCGGGCACACCCGUGACCGGGACCCAGGCGUCACUGUGCGUGAACCCCGCCGCAGUCCUGGAGCUCCCUGUCCCUCAUAACAAGAAAGUGGCUGCGGGCUCCUCCGGUUCUGAGUGUCGCUCUGAAUCAUCCGAUGAGGAUGAUGACGAGAUUGACGUGGUGACAGUAGACAACCGACCAAAACGUGGCCGCCCUCCAAGUCGCCGUACUCCAGUAACCAUUACAGUGAGUGCUGAUCCAUUUGGACCAUGUCCCAAGCGCUUCCACGUGUCUCUGCAUCGGCAGCAGCACAAUUACGCUGCCCCCUCCCCUGACACGGAUCCUGAGGAUGACUUUGAUGAGAUGGAGUCUGAGAGCAAACGGCCACAUCUGGAGCCUUCAUCCUCUCCCUCAUCUCUACUUUCUUCACCUGCCACAUCGGACUCCGAGGACUCCAGCGAGCAGCGUCGGAACUUUCUGGAGAGAAAGAGGAGAGACGACCUUCGCUCGAGGUUCCAGGCGCUCCGGGAGGAGAUUCCAGGUUUGUCUGUAUCCUCAAAGACCUCGAAGGUGGCGAUUCUGAAGCAGGCGACGGAAUACCUGCUGCAGCUGCAUGCGCGCCAACGGCGUCAAGCUCAGGAGAAGAGAAAACUCAAAGCCAAACAACAACAGCUUCUCCGCAGGAUCAGUGUAUUACAGAACUCCUAAAGAAAAAAAAAAUCUGCUUUAACACGGCACAAUAUUUCCAAAGCUCAUUAUGGACGAGUUUUUGUCAUUCACUGAAAUGACACUUAAAACACUGCAGGGAGGUCUUUAAAACCACAUUGAAUUAUGCCCUUCUUGAAGGGAUCUGUACAUGUGUGUGCUGGGCUUUAGACUUUAGUUGAGAUGUGGAGAACUUUGUGUGAGGAGAUGAUGACAAAUGUGCACAUGCAAUGCCUUUAUAAACCUCAGCGGAUGGCGAUGCAGAGGAAGUUAUAUUGAUGAAUUUACCUCCGUAGCGAGAAGGGUGGGUGGUGUUUGUAUGCAUGUGGGUGGUGUGUAGGCUGUAUAAUGUGAGGGGAGCAUGGUGUUCGAAAACGUUGUGUAGAAAAUUUGAAGUGUCUUGUUCAUAACAUGAUCUGUACAAAAUCUGCUGUAAAUACUGUAUUCAGAGGAUGUUCUCCUCCUGUAUCUACUCACGAACUGCACAGAGAUUCUAUUUUGUUAAAGAAUAAAGCAUCUAAAAUGA